AUGGAUAUCGCGGGCCAUCAUUCCCUCGACCCUGUCCCCAAACCCAUCGCCCUUUUCCCUCGAUUUAUAUCAAACCAGACCCAGGCAUUAAUAUUGAAAGAGAAAGUUCUCUCUAUUUCGGGUGACAGCUUCGAUAUCAAAUUAGACAAUGGGCAGCUUCUUUUGAAAGUAGCUGGAGCUUGGGUGUCACUUUCUGAUCGCAAGAAGGUCGAGGACGCCAAUGGCAAUCACCUGUUUGACAUCACCAAGGAGCAUUUGCAUAUCCAUACGACCUAUGCGAUCAAAGACCCCAAUCAGAACAAAAUUGCCGAGGUGAAGAAUAGCCACUCACUUAUCGGCUCCAAGGCGACUGCCACUUUCAAUGAUAGCAACGGCAAUGCUGUGACUCUUUUCAUGAAAGGAAGCAUGAUGGAUCAUAGUGCCGAAAUUAUCGAUGAGAGCAAUAACCAACCAGUGGCCCGAAUUGACCGGAAGUUGCUUAGCGGUCGUGAUUUUCUAUUUGGCCAGCAGUCCUAUGCCGUCAUCGUGGCACCUGGCGUUGAUGCGGCAUUGAUCGCCGCCUUAUGCAUCUGCUUUGAUGAGAAAAAUAAUGAAAAAUAA